GGAUAGUUCCAAAUACGUUGCAUAUAUGUAUAACAGCAUAGGCGCCAUUGAGGUAAUUUUCCCCACAUCUUUUGUUGGACUCUCUAGACUGAAAUCUCUGAACUUGGCAGUGAGCAAGAUUCGGUCUAUUCCGAAUGGCACAUUUAGGGAGUUAGGAAAACUUGAAACUUUGGACAUCUCCUAUGGACUUGUAGAUUUUAUUGGGGUGUCGGCAUUUCAAGGAUUGGGUGCCUUAGAAUCUUUAGACUUGAGUUAUAAUAACAUAAGUACAAUUCAUCCUUUAGUUUUCAAUAGUCUAAGCUCUCUUCUCUAUCUUUAUCUUCAGAACAAUUUUCUUCAGUCUCUCUCUCCGACAACGUUUGAAAACAUGCCUUAUUUAUUAGAUUUGAACUUGGCGAAUAACCUUCUAACAACAGUAACACGUGAAAACGUCAGUCCUCUACUAAACCUGAGAACGUUAGAUGUUCACGGAAACCAGCUAGAAACUAUUGAUGAGAUGUUUCACGGCAUUACGUCUGACGUUUGUGAGAAAAUUGACGCAUCCUACAACAAAGUGUGGUUAUUGGCUAUCUCGUCAUUGGAAAUUCUUGGCAUUGUUGGAAAGACUGUAAAUGUCGACUUAUCUCACAACAAUCUGCAGAUUCUUUACCACACACCUCCUGAGUCAUACAUUUCUGAAGACGUGCUACAUCUCUCAUUGAGCCUCGAUCUAAGGUGGAACCAGUUUGCUUCGUUUCCGCUUGAGCUAGCAACAUACAGGUCUUUUAGCAGAUCUAGGAUAUCCAUUAGAGAAAUUUCUGGCCAGAAAUAUGGCGACAUCUCCCUCCUGAUGACUCAAAAUCCUUUAAUAUGCGACUGUGCACUGUACGAGCUGAUAGUGAACUUAGAUGUCGCUAAACAAGGUGUCCUUUACACAAAAACCGACUUCCAAGACAUGGUAUGUGCAGUUCCCGAUGAGCUCAGAGGUAGGAGGGUGGUAGAUCUCCGCCCUUCUGAGCUAUGGUGCUCAGAGGAGUGCUACAACAGAUUUUACGCUUGUUUCUGUUAUGAGCAUGAAGGUGAGAUGUUCAAGAGCCCGCAACCCUGGUGUUUUCCAGAACAUAAUGCUUGCCCGUCAGAAUGCUCGUGCUCGUUCCAAGGACAGCUACACUCUGCCACAGCUCCUUAUAAUGAGUUAGUGAACUGUGCCGGAAGAAAUUUGUCUUCUAUCCCUGUUGAAAUUUCAAACGUUACAACAAUCCUUCAUUUGGAAGGGAAUCAGUUGAGGGUCAUCAGUCAAACUGUUCUUCCCGAACUUUUGAUGGUACGAGAACUUUAUCUAAAUGAUAAUAACAUUUCAUAUGUUGGCGCGAUGGCUUUCAGUGCCUUCAAUUCUCUUGAAAUCCUUCGUCUCGACGGAAACAACAUCUCCAACAUAGGCAGUACAAUUUUCAAGUCCCUUUCUAAUCUACGAGAACUUUACCUAAAUCAUUCCGGUGUUCGGUAUCUGUCAGUUGAUACGUUUCACGACCUUGCAAGUUUACAGAAGCUACACUUAGAGAACAACAGGCUACAGUCUCUACCUGAAAACAUGUUCGCUGGUUUGAAAAAGCUGCGGUCACUCAGCAUUCAUGGUAAUCCGCUCAACUGUGACUGUGAUGUUCUGUGGUUCGCGAACUGGCUGCGGAGUAGAGCGUUCCUUCUGGCACAAGGACAUAACGUGAGCUGUUUAACAAAGACAAAGGUAGCGCGGGAUAUUUUGAGUGUGUCGUCAUCACAACUUGACUGCGAUGACGUGCAGGCAGCUCGAGCACGAAACAGACUCAUUGUCGGUGUGUCGAUCCCCAUGGGUUUGGUUAUCAUCAUCUUAGUUUGCGUGAUCGUCAUCGUGAGACGAAAGGAAGCCAUCCAAGUCUACCUGUACGCCAGGUACGGAUGGCGCUUCCGAGAAGAAGAGGAAGACGAAGACAAGGAGUACGACGCCUUCUUAUCGUACAGUCAGCACGACUUAGACGUGGUGCUACACGACAUCUUGCCCGCACUUGAGAACAGGGAGCCGCCGUUCCGCGUCUGUUUGCAUCACCGCGAUUUUCUCCCGGGUGUCCCAAUAGCAGAGAACAUCGCAACCGCCGUCAACUCGAGCAAAAGAACGAUCAUUCUUCUCUCCAACAACUUCUUAGAGAGUGACUGGUGUCAGUUUGAGUUUCAGGCCGCGCACGCGCAGAUGCUGCAGGACAGGGCUAACCGUGUGAUCGUGGUUUUACUGGAUGACGUUCCCGCCGAAAACGCCCCUCCGGACAUUCAGCAUUACCUGAACACGAACACGUACCUGAGGUGGGGGGACGAGCGCUUCUGGGAACGGCUGAUCUACGUCAUGCCGCGUCCAAGGCCGCAUGCGCAAGACGAGGACGGAGACCAGCUGGCCAUGGUCGAACUGGACCACAAUCGUUGAUCAAUGGACGCUGGCUGGCACGGGUACAGAAGUUGACAUUUUACACAAGCUUGUAACAUAUAUAUGUAGCUUAUAGCAAGCCAUUUGUGCACAGCCUACACAUCUUACGUAAAGUUUCGCAAUCGUUUUCCCGAAAAGAAUUCCUGACCUUCAAAAUCAAGAUGGCGGAAUGAGAUCGAGGAGACUGUCCCAUUUGGUCCUGAGAUUCAGUUUCCGAGUCGAAAAGUUAGAAUAAUGCAAGAGCAACAGUUUAUUUGUGUAGUAGGAAGGUACAGAUAUAUUCGCAUGAAAGUUCAUAUAUAACGGUAAUUUACAUAGUGAAGACUUUAAACUUGAUACCCGUUCACAGAAAUGUUAAUUUCGGUCAGUCUUCUGACCGUUAUCAACUUGAUGUCACCCGAAGCCUUUGGCACACUUCCGCCAGUUCAGGUUAUGUGUAUGGAUAUAACGUUUGAAAUCUUCAUUAUCAUAAAGAUGUAAAUAUGAUAUAUUCUGUAAUUGACACUCUUUAAAGAAGAUAUAUAACAAAUUGAAUUGUACAUUCUGAAAUAUAGGGUAG